GGGAAGGGAACGCCUAGAGUCAGACACCAUCAACUCAGCGGCUCUGGGAGAGGGGCGAGAACCCUGCAUGCUGCUUUGUGUUGUGUGGUGCGUUUUGCUCUGUCGGUGGUAGCAGCUCGUAGCCCGGGCCUGCCCCUAAUUGGAAUGGGGCAGGGUCCAGAAAAGCCUCUAGCAAGCACCGGGGAAUUGUGAUCCAGGCAUCCCCGGGAAGAGAAAGACUGGGUCUGCAGAAUUGGGAAAGAAGAGUGCUUGAAGAUACUAACACUUCAAUUUGAAGACAGAGCAUAGUGGCACAGCUCAAGCAGAUGUCAUGGAAGUUGAUCCAACACUUCCAUUAAAUACAGAGGACCUAACCACCCCAUUUAUGAAGAAGAUGUAUACACCAGCUCUCCAAGAGGAAGUCAAUGUGGCCGUCAUUGCAAGUGUCAUCGCUGUGGUUUUCAUCACCCUCCUGACCGUCCUGGUGGUGAUCAUCGUGUACCUAUACAAGAAUAAAGGCACUUACCUCACCUAUGAACAAUCAAACACAGAGCCUGAUGUAUCAGUACAGAUGGAGAACGUGCCUCCCAAAGGAGAAAAGGAAGAGUAUUUCAUUUGAUUCCCUUCAGCUUCUAAGCUGUUCUCAGCUUUGAUGCCAAUGAGCCCAGGCCCUCCCAGACUCUGAAUUCGAAAGACUUUUUCUCCUCCUUAAUUUAUUAACUUGAUCAAGGAAAGAAAGGUGUAAUGGGUGACUACUAGCCUUGAUCAUAGUUCUACUGCACAGACUCUAAUGGAAAGCCAGUAUAUCACCCCUGUAAUGAGAGAGGUGAGCAGGAUGGGGAGGAGGCUUGCCAGUGGCAGGAAUAGCUGGUGGUUGGCACUUCCUUCUCCAUGACUUGCAAUACAGUUGAUUGGCCAGAUAUCUGUACAGCUUGUUUGUGUUUCU